CAAAACCGGCUCCGCGUGUCGUGCUGCCAGUAAUUGUUGUGAUUUGCCGUUUCCAGCAAUGGCAUCCCGUGGAAUGAAUCGGCUACUCCCUGUGCUGCUGCUGGCAGCUGUCGCCAAGUUCUUCACUUCGACUGCCCAAAGCGGCUUCGUGAUGAGCGGCAGCAGCAGCAGAACAAGCAAGGUGCAGAUGAGAGGGUUCAAGGAUGACUUCUAUGCAUGGAAAGACACCUUGAGCUCGGAAGAUCAGGCACUUUUGCUAAAGCAGGCACAGAACGAGUUCAACAAGAAGUUCAGGGCCAGCGAUGAGUUCAAGAAGAGCGUGUCCGAGGACAAGAUUGAGUCCUUCGGAAAAGUCCUGCAGAAGUUCUUCGACAACGAGAGGGAGGACUACAAGAAGGACGUUGCCAUGAAGACUCCUGACUAUGACGCCCUUCAGAAGAAGGCCAAUCAGGUGGCCUACGACUUCAGCCUGAAGCGGGCCAUCGUUGAGGUGGACCGUGACGCAGACCGACGCUGGUCCUUUGCCACCGACAAGAUGAAGCUGGCCGAAGACAAGGACGAGGUUGGCGCAAACUCUGCUCCUCUGGAGGAGAUUUACAAGUUCGCCAAUGAGGGUGAGAAUCACACCAACAACGUGAAGCAGCUGGAACAGAUGAAGAAGGCCAUGGCAGAUGCACCCCCUGAGGCUGCCAAGCUGAAGGCGGCUCUGGAGAAGUUCACCAUUCCAGCAGCUGGCGAGGACUUUGCUGUGUCUUUGCCUCGUAAGCUCAUUGACGACCUGAAAGCUGUGGCUGGAGAGGUUGGAGCCCAAAAGGAGGGCAAGUCAGAGAGCGAGUUGGAUGAGAUGUGGUGGAAGCGCGCCGGCGAGAUCGUCUCAGGAUACUACAAGACGCGUGCUGAGGUGGAGAAGGAGGUGGAGGGCUUGAAGAAGUUCUUCCGAUCGCAGAAGGAGAUGCCCGGCAAGACCAAGGCCGACAUCGUCAAGCAGAUCUGGGCUGAGCUUCCAAAGCACAUGGACACUCCCGUGGCGCCGCUGGAUGAAGAGAUGUUGGUGGACUUGGCCAAGGAGCCCGCCGUCAUUGAGGGCGAGUUCAAGCACAGCUGGGGCACUGCUGAGAAGCUCUACAAGUCCGAAGCCAUUGAUUCCUUUGGCAACCGCUACUUGCUGGGUGUCUUCGAGAACAAGGCGGAGGCUGAGAAGGCCUUCGAUGCUUGGAACAAGGAGUAUGAGCAGGCCGGCAAGGACGUGAAGGAGAACUUGAAGAACUGGGCCAAGCAACAGGAAGCCGAGUUGGCUGAGGAGCAGGACAGCGUGGAUCGUAUCCGCAAGGCCUUGGAGGAAGCACGACGCUGA